UCCCAAGUUAGGACCCCAGUUCCUUAAAUAAUUGUAAUGACCAGUCAAAGUCAUAUUCUUUUACAUAAUCCGAGCAGACUUUGUCGUUGUUGGCCGGCCACUAGUGUAAAGCUCAAAGGCAACAAAGCUAAUUAAAUUAAUUCACCAUCUCUAUACCUACUAAAGCAAAAGAAAAGGAAGGCAUUAGAAAUUAAACUAUAGUCCUUAAGCCAUGUCUUCACCAUUUUCUUCUUCUUCUUCCUCUUCUUCUUCUCCCACUGAUCCCAUGGCGGCCUCUUCCGGUAGCUGCGUGUACUACGGGCCAUGGGAGUACGACGUGUUCCUUUGCUUCCGUGGCGAGACGCGUGGCUCCUUCACCAGCCACGUCAUGGCCGCGCUGUCGGAGAAGAAGAUCCGAACCUUCAUCGACACCAUGCUGGGCAAAGGAGAGAGCAUAGCGGAACUUCUUUCCGUCCUCAAAAGAUCGGCGGUUUCGGUGAUUAUAUUCUCCGAGAGGUUCGCCGACUCGCCGUGGUGCCUCGACGAGGUGGCCACCAUCGCCCGGAGCAUGAAGGAGUUCGGCCACCGCGUGAUCCCGGUUUUCUACAACGUCGACCCGUCGGAGGUAGACGGCGACACCGGGAGCUACGCCGCCAUGAUCGAGAAGCACUCCGGCGGCCGGUACGGUGACCCGAAGGUGAAGUUGAAGUGGAGGGAUGCGUUGAAGGAGAUCGUUGAUAAGGCCGGCCUUACUUCUCACGAGAUCAGGUUAGACUCGCAAUUAAUAAAGGCAAUUGUAGACAACGUGCUGAAAGAGCUAAUCAACAUGUCUCCAAGCCUCGAGCCCAAAAAUUUAGUGGGCAUUGAUUCUCGUGUGUGGGAGGUGGAGCGACUGCUCGAUGUCAACCGCUCAGAAGACAUUCGAAUUGUCGGGCUUUGGGGGAUGCCCGGUAUUGGCAAGACCACUCUAGCUCGAGCCUUAUACAGACGACUUACCAAUUUCUCCAAAGAAGAUGGCUACAAGCACUAUUUCGUCCCAAAUAUCAAUGCCAAAUGGAAAGGGCAACGAGAUGGCUUGGAAGGGCUACAAAAGGAGCUUUACUCAACCCUCCUCUCCGAGCAGGACCAAAACAUCACCAGUCGAGACUUGGAAACAAGUUAUCGCAGGGCUCGACUAUCUCGGUUGAAGGUUUUCAUUGUCCUGGACGACGUUGAAGUUUUGUCCCAAUUAGAAAGCUUACUCCUCGGCGAUGUGUUGAAUCUCACGAAGUUGUUUGCGCUAGGGAGCAGAAUUAUCGUCACGACGAGGAACAGGAAAGUGCUUGAAGUUGCAAUGGCUAGGAUAUACCACGUGGAGCAGCUUAGCCCUCAAGAGUCGCUUCGAUUAUUCAGCAUGUACUCUUUUAGGCAAGAGACUCCACCAACCAGUAGAAGAUACCAGUCAGUUACAGCAGUGGGAUAUUGCCAAGGAAACCCUUUGGCUCUUAGGGUUUUAGGGUGCACGCUCUUCAGGAAAAGCGAGAGUUACUGGCAAAGUUUCUUGGAUGGGUUACGGAAGAAUCCAAAGCGGGAGAUUCACGAUGUUCUAAGGAGGAGCUACGAUGAGCUCGGAGGAGAUGAGAAGAGGAUGUUUCUUGACAUUGCUUGUUUCUUCCGAAGGAAUUACUCCAAGUCACAUUUGAUUAAGAUGAUGGCAUGUAGCUAUUACUCGGCGUAUAGUCGAGUGGAAGAUCUUAUUGAUAAGGCAUUGUUGAUAUGUGAACACCAGACCAAUAGCAACGAUGACGAGUUGAUCAUUGAGGUUCAUGAUUUGCUACACGAAAUGGCUUGGAACAUUAUUAGUGAGGAAUCCGAUCUUGGGAACCGCAGUCGUCUUGAGAAUGCAGAGGACGUCCGCAAGUUACUCACUGCACGGAAGGGAGCGAGAGCUACAGAAGGCAUAAACUUGGACUUGUCAAAAGCAGAAGAGAUGCACUUGGGAUCCGAUGCAUUUUUGGGGAUGGAUCGACUUAGAUUUCUCAAAUUCUCAUGGCCAGAUUCUUCGUCGUCUUCAUCUAAAAACAAUGCACAUACUUGCAAGAUCCAUCUUUCGAAAUCUGGCCUAGACUCACUCCCUCAUGAGUUAAGGAUGCUAUGGUGGGAUGGAUUUCCUUCGUCAUCUUUGCCUUCAAACUUUUCUCCUAACAGUUUGGUUGAACUUUGUAUUCGUCAUAGCCCUCUUGCACAAUGUUGGGAUGGAGUUCAGGACUUCGUGAAUUUGAGGUGGUUUGACCUAUCUUAUUGUGCCAACCUCAUCAUCGUCCCUGAUCUAUCGAAAGCCACACAUCUAGAAUCUCUCAAACUCACAGGAUGCAAGACCAUAGUUGAGCUACCCUCCUUUGUCGAAUACCUAGACAAGUUAACCUUGCUAGACCUCGGAGCCUGCGAAAACCUAGAGAUCCUCCCACCUAAACUAGACUCCAAACACCUCAAACACGUAAUUCUCUACGAUUGCAGAAAAAUCAACCAAUGCCCCGAGUUCACAAGCAACUGGGAUACCCUAGACUUGCGUGGCACCCCAAUCACAACCCUCCCUGUCGCAAUCCACAAAGUCAAAGAAGCCCGAAAGCUCAGCCUCCACGGUGAAAGCAUAACCAGCUUGCCAGAUGGAUUCUCUCCAUCCAUUAAGGAGUUUCGACUGUGCCACACCGCCAUACAAAAGAUACUGCCAAGCGAUCAUCGUGAUUUUCUUCUUCCGAGAAUCUCUCGUUUGGAGCUGGUCGGGAACUCGAACCUUGCCACCUUAUCUAAAAACCUCUGGAAAAUGGUGACAAAAGAGCUCCUCAUCAUGGACUCCCAAAUGUUGAAAACAAUUCCAGAAAUCUCGAUCGUCGACUCGAGCUUGAAGGUGCUUGUAGUAGAAGACUGCAGAGCUUUCAGGCGCCUUCCUUCCAGCAUCAGCAACCUCAAGUCGUUGGAGGUACUAGCUUUGAUUGGUGCAGCUAUCAGAAUGUUGCCUUCGUCUAUACAAGAACUGGACCAGCUUCGCACGCUGGACUUGACUAAUUGCAAAAUGUUGGAGUCUAUACCCGGUGCGAUCAGCAGGCUCGAUCGCCUCUCUCAACUCUAUCUACUGGGCUGCGAGAGCCUUCGUUCUUUGCCCGAACUUCCGCUCAAUGUGAAGCUUUUAGUCGCCAGUAAUUGCAAGUCAUUGCAAACAGUUUCGAGCAACAACUUUAGCAAGCUCCAUUUCUUGAACCUCAACUUGGUUGGUUGUCUCCAGUUAGACCGCAAGUUGCUCCGACGAAUGCUGGCGAAAUUGCCGCUUCAGGAUGUCUCUCAACGAAUUAAGUAUGGUGGUGCUGGAGGUGAGAUACCUCCGUCAACGGUAUUAUACCCAGGAGACGAGCUUCCAGAAUGGUUCCCUCACAAAAGCACAGGAAACUCGGUGACGGUUCCUCUGCCUAGAAACUGCAAGAGACUGAAGCUAUUUGCGUUCGCCGUAGUCUAUUCUCUAGAGCCGCCUAUUUCCGGCGACGAAGAGAAGACCGACAUGCACAUGCACAUUUCAAGCGAGUGCUUCACGAAACCCUGCGGUGGCGGCCGCCACGGGUGUGGUGGGAGCGAUGAAUUGGACGUUGUUGGCGGUGGCUCGAGUACUAGUACUAAUGCGGUGGCGUCGUGGAAUAUUUGUAUGAAUGUGAUGGGAAGCUUCAACGGCGGUGUGGCUACCGACCAUGUCUUUCUGUGGCUUCACCAUAGAGCUGGAGAAGAUCGAGAAGACGAGGAAGAGGAAGGGAAAGCUUGGUAUCUGAAACAUGCCGGACGAGACGUUUCGUUCCGUUUCAGCCUUCAGUUGAAACGCGGAGAGAUGAAGCCUUGCCAGAUCAAGAGAUGUGGGGUUUCUCUUGUGUUUCAUACUAAUUUUGGGAACCUUUGAUUAGCAACCACGGCUACGUUGAUCGUUGCUUUGACUGUUUGAUAGUUGAUCCGCAGGCGCUUGAGAUCUGUGUGAAUAUGGGUAUACAGUUGAGGUACAUGAAGUUCCUAUAGCUGUGUGCUAAUAUUGAGGUACAUAGUAGUAGUGACUAAGCUACAUUUUGGGAAUCUUCGAUCUGCUACAUCAGCCUAAGCUAGUUUUUCAUGUGUUUCAAGAUAUUUGCAUAACUUUAUCGAUAAAAACAUUUCGUAUUCGAAUUUCG